AAUUUAAUCAGACAGAGGCUUCAAAACUGAAUAAAUGAUCAGCAUUUCAUAUCAACAACAGUACUCUGCAUGAACUUUCUGUUAAAGUUUCGGUUAAAAUCAAUUAUUGAAGAAAAACAGUUUCCAAUCUAUCAAAGCUUUCACCAUCUCAUAAAAGUCCAGUGUUUAAAAAUGAGUAUCGAAUCCUAACAUCUUCUGAUGGAGAUUUCUUUGCCUACCUGGUGGAAAUUACUUCAUAUUCAAGUCAGAAGCCAGCUGGAGACAUUUUAGUACAACAUUGGAGGGGGAAAAUUUAUGUACUACUAAUAUGAAUUUGGUUGAUAAAGAAAAAUGAAAGAUUGCUAAGACCUAAGUACAAUUUGAGGCCAAACUUUCAAGUGUACUACUAGCCUAGAUGUGGAAUACUAACAACAUAGAGGAAACUGUUCCUGAUGAUCAUCUCCAAUCUCCUAUUGUUUACUAGCUGCUCGGCACUUUUAGAUAAGCAUUGAAGUAAGGAACAUUUGGAACAAAUAUGAUUACGCAACGAUCCCUUUAUUAGUUCAACCCCUUCCACCAAAUUUAUUCUCUUUUCACGUUGGUAGGGUCACUAUGCCAGUCUAACUAAAGGCCAUUUGAUUGCUUAUUUUCAAAGAAGGCCUAAAGAAAGAAAAAGAUGAUGCAGCUAUUUCUGCUACCAGUUUGUGUUUAAUUUAGUAUUCAACUUUUGGGUAUGGGUUAAUCACCUACCCUUUGGUCAUCUAUGACUAUAAUGGAAUUGUUUAGUAUCAUUAAACUCGUGCAAAUGCAUUGCUUUUCAAACCUUCAACCGGUCAUUUUCUGUAACGAGUUCUUAACUUGGGCCUUGACAGAGUUGAAAUUAAGAACAGAGAAAUGGAAUCAUUGCAAACAACUUAAUUUGACUUGCCCACCAAAAGAAGAAUAAUGAAGGGGCCAUGCCUUGUCUUCUUAUGAGAAUGCUUCAAAAAUACUACUCCACUGUCAGGGUUUUUUGCUCACCAAAUUAACUAACCAUGUCCUCAAUAACAACUCCAACUUUCUUUUUCCAUUCUCCCCCCACUACAAAUACUAGUCUGGUCUUUUUAGCUUUCACAGAUAACCAGCAGAAAAGAGUCGAAUUCUGUAGUUUCUAGUAUGGGGGCAGCUAAUAUACUCGGAGUGCUGGUUCUCACACUACUUGUCAUGUUUCCAGUUUCUUCUCCAGUCUAUGCACUGAGCUUAAACUACUAUGAUCAGACAUGCCCCAAGGCUGAGUCAACAAUUUCGGAUGCUGUCAAAAAGGCAAUGACAAAUGACAAAACAGUUCCAGCUGCCCUACUUCGAAUGCACUUCCAUGAUUGCUUCAUUAGAGGGUGUGAUGCUUCUGUGCUGCUGAAGUCAGUGGGCAAGAACACAGCAGAAAAAGAUGGGCCUCCAAACAUUUCAUUGCAUGCAUUUUAUGUUAUUGACAAUGCCAAAAAAGCAGUGGAAGCUCUCUGCCCUGGUGUCGUCUCUUGCGCUGAUAUCUUGGCUCUGGCUGUAAGGGAUGCAGUUGCCCUGUCUGGAGGCCCUACUUGGAAUGUGUCAAAAGGGAGAAAAGAUGGAAGGAUCUCAAAGGCAACUGAGACCAGACAGUUACCAGCUCCAACCUUCAACAUAUCUCAGUUGCAGCAAAGCUUCUCCCAGAGGGGACUUUCCAUGGAAGAUCUAGUGGCACUCUCAGGCGGUCACACUCUCGGAUUCUCUCAUUGUUCAUCCUUCCAAAACAGAAUCCACAACUUCAACUCCACCCACGACGUUGACCCAUCCGUACACCCAUCAUUUGCAGCCAGCCUACGAAGCGUGUGCCCCCUUCACAACAAGGUGAAAAAUGCAGGAGCCACCAUGGAUUCUUCCUCAACUACAUUUGAUAACACAUACUACAAACUUCUCCUCCAGGGGAGGAGUCUGUUCUCUUCAGAUCAGGCUCUACUCACUACUACAAAGACCAAAGCGUUGGUCUCUCAAUUUGCUAGCUCCAAAGAUGAGUUUGAGAAGGCCUUUGUGAAGUCCAUGAUCAAGAUGAGUAGCAUCACUGGUGGACAAGAGGUAAGGCUAGACUGCAGGGUGGUCAGGUGAAUUUGUAGCCAUUUGGAAACUUUCUGGUGAGGCGUGUGUUUCCUUUUAUUUGUAUGAUCUAAUGUUUGGAGGGUAUUGAAACCAUAAAAGUUACCAACUUGUGUGUUAUUGUUUGCUUCUUUGCCCGUGUACCGUUGAAGUGAACGGUGGCGAGAUGGAAACAAGGUUCAAAUAUGUAUAUGCAUAAAUGGAAAUGUUAAUGAAUUUCAAUUUUCAAAUAUGUGAUCCAGUGGAAGAGACUUUGAUUUGCAAAGUCUGCCUUUCCCUCAUUGAAAUAACAUAUUUUAUUUCCUCUCA